GGGAAAAGUAGACUAUUGGACUAUUGAGCAAAAGAACCAAAAAAAAAAGAGAGAAGAGAGAAACGAGAAAGCCAAUACUUGGACGCUUCGAGGACUCGGAAAACAGCGACUAGAUGUUCCCGAUAUGCAGACUUUUUGUUUCUCUUUCGCCAAUGAAAUCAUCGAUACCCAGUUCACAAUUGGGGGAAAUUUCGAAGAGAGAGAGAGAGUAGCAGCCGGAAAUCCCAACUGCAAUGCCCAGCUGCGCCGUGGACGGAGGCUGUCCCACGGACUACAUUUCCAUCUCCAUCUCCCUCCUCUCCAUCAUCUUGCUUCUCAUAUGGUCAACAUCGCCUUUUCUAAUUCACAAGGUUCCUCUUCCUAAAGGCAGCAAUUUUUGGCUCCCGGUGAUUCAAGUUUUUGCUAGCUUAAACCUUUUGUUGUCAAUUGUGAUGUCCGUCAAUUUCCUGAAAUAUAAGAAAAGCCAUUGGUGGCAAUCUUGCUAUCUCUGGGCAGUUUGGGUUGAAGGGCCUCUUGGAUUUGGUUUGUUGUUGAGCUGCCGCAUUGUCCAAGCUUUCCAACUGUAUUUCAUAUUUGUGAGGAGGCGCUUACCACCCAUGAGAUCACAUAUUUUUCUUCCCUUGAUUCUGUUGCCUUGGAUUGCUGGCGCUGCGCUUAUCCACAUCGCAAGACCUCUAAAUGAUCGGUGCCACAUGAGGACUCAAUGGACCAUCCCAGUCGUUUGCUUCCAUGCACUGUAUGUUGCUGCUUUGGUUGGCCUUACGGGUGCCAUUCGUCACAUAGAGUUCCGGUUUCAUGAACUCAAAGACCUCUGGCGUGGAAUACUUAUGUCCACUUCUUCCAUAGGAAUAUGGGUGGUUGCUUACGUUUUGAAUGAAAUUCAUGACGAUAUUGAAGAGCUUCAGGUUGCCUCAAGGUUUCUGCUCUUAACUAUGGCAAGUAUAUAUGUGCUGGCUUUCUUCUCUAUAUCGAGUUCUCAACCUCUGGUCUCCCAAAUGAGUCUAAGGAAAAAGGACGGUCCGGACUUUGAGACAAUGGGUCAGGCUCUGGGCAUACCUGAUAGUGGGCUACUUGUACAGAGGGAAUCAACUCAAGUCAUAGAUCCUAAGGAACCUCUUGAUAAACUUCUUCCGAACAAACGAUUUCGUCAAUCUUUCAUGGCAUUUGCAGACAGUUGUUUAGCUGGGGAAAGCGUGCAUUUCUACGAGGAAGUGCAUGAGCUUAACAAGAUACGUGUGGAUGAUACUGUUAGAAGACUUUACAUGGCACGACAUAUCAUCGAAAAGUACAUAGUUCCGGGUUCGACAAUGGAAGUGAAUAUAUCAUAUCGAAGCCGGCAAGACAUUUUGAGCACUGCUGAUCUGGCACAACCUGAUCUCUUCCGAAAUGCACUAAAUGAACUUGUGCAGCUCAUGAUAAUGAAUUUGGCAAAAGAUUACUGGUCAUCAACGUUCUUCCUUAAAUUUAAAGAAGAAGCCAAUAUGUGGGCAAUUGACCAUGAUCUGGAACAGGCGACUACUGGUUGGAACUUCUCUCCUCGGUUGAGUUCUGUUCAUGGCAUUGAUGACCCAUUUAACCAAGAUCAACCUUCCAAGGACCCUGACCACGUUCAUGAUUUGGAUCUACAAUGACAUUGGGGCUGUCCAACAAUAGUACUACUAGUUCUCUUUGCUCAAACGGGUACGAUUACUGAUUCUGCAGAGGCAGAUACUCUUUCCACCCGUUGGCAUAUAAAUUAGUUGAAAUAGAUACGCAUGUCGAACGUGGAAGCUGAUCAAACCUGUUGAUAUGGGAAAUCAAAUUCAUAGCUAUAACAUUUGGAUACUUGAUCACAUUGGCGGAAUCAGCAAAUUUUUGCCAAACUUAUGCAUUUGCUGCUUAUUGCAAAUCAAUGCAUACUGUUCACCAGUCAGAUGUUGUAAUGGAAAAGCUCUUUUUGUGCAUAUUUCAUUAUUUCCUAGUGAUACGAGUGUUCAAAGGAUUGAUACAUCAAGGACAUGGAGUUGCGCUCUGCUGAAUAUGAUUGCAGUGCAGUUGAAUCUUGGACACGGGCGAAGCGUCGGAUGAGGGAGUGGAAAAUUAUUAAUUUGGUGUUCCUCUUUCUCUCAUAAAAAUGAUGGUUGUAGGACAAUUUUAGCUUGCGAUCUAUGAGGAAAGUAACAGCAGAAUUUUGAGAUUCAGCUCUUGUACUGGUAGUACCAACUAUGCACAAAUUUUUUUUUUUUUUUUUUUGACAUUAUUAUUGUUAUGUAUGCCAGUAUUUCACACGGUAUACAUUUUUCAGCGUGCUUUUGAUUUCUCCUCAUCAAUUGCCGUAAAA